AUGUCGUACUACUUUGCCAUAAUUGGCACGCAGGACAACCCGCUGUUCGAGUAUGAGUUCGGCACCUCCAAGCAGGGCGGGGAUGGACAGCCACGAUUCUCAGACCAGGCAAGGCACCUGAACCAGUUCAUCCUGCACAGCUCGCUGGAUGUAGUCGAGGAGGUGCAGUGGAAUAAUGGGCAAAUGUAUCUUAAGGUCAUCGACAAGUUCUUCAACAACUACAUCUCGUGCUUCAUGACGGGCGCGAACGCCAAGUUCUUACUACUCCACCAGCCUACGACAGCCGCCUCUACAGCAUCUUCCCGGUCGUCGACAUCGAUCGCCGCGAAUCCCACCAGCCCGGCAACAGAGGAAGCUAUCAAGAACUUCUUCAUGGAGGUGUACGACAGCUGGGUCAAGGCCAUUAUGAGCCCCUUCUACAAGGUCAACAUGGAAGUGAGGAGCCCUGUAUUCAGGGCAAGAGUUGCAGCAGCAGGGAGGAAGUAUCUAUGA